CCGCUCCUUCCUCGCCUUCAGCGCGGGGCACAUACGCGGCGCCGUCAACGCCCGCUGCAACACUAUCGUCCGCCGCAGGGCCAAGGGCUCCGUGCUGAGCCUGGACCAGAUACUGGCCGGGGAGGAGGAGGUCCGUGUCCGCGUCCGCUCCGGGAUGUACUCCGCCGCGGUGCUGUACGAUGAGAGGACGCAGGACUCCGACGCGGUGAAUGAGGACAGCACUCUGACUGUGGUGCUCAACGCGCUGUGCAGGGACUCCUCCGGCACACGCAUAUACCUACUCAAAGGUGGAUACGACAGGUUUUUCACAGAGUACCCAGAGUAUUGUUUAAAGACCAAAUCCUUACCGUCCCUCACCAGCCAGUCCAGUAUCGACUCUGCUUGCUCGUCUUGUGGGACACCACACCAUGACCAGGGUGGCCCAGUUGAGAUCCUCCCAUUCCUCUACCUUGGCAGCGCCCUCCACGCCUCAAAGAAAGAGGUCUUGGACGCCAUAGGAAUCUCCGCCUUGCUGAAUGUGUCCGCCGACUGUCCCAACCACUUCGAGGGGGCGUACCAGUACAAAUGUAUUCCUGUGGAGGACAACCAUAAAGAAGACAUCAGCUGCUGGUUCCUGGAGGCUAUUGAGUUCAUAGAUUCAGUACGGGACUCCAGUGGGCGAGUGCUGGUCCACUGUCAAGCAGGCAUCUCCCGCUCCGCCACCAUCUGCCUGGCCUACCUGAUGAAGAGGAAGCGGGUGCGUCUCGACGAAGCCUUCGAGUUUGUGCGCCGGCGUCGCAGCAUCAUCUCCCCUAAUUUCAGCUUCAUGGGGCAGCUGCUGCAGUUCGAGUCGCAGCUCCUUGCCACCUCGUGUGCCGCCGAAGCGGCGGCCACGGCGAGCCCGCUGCUCGGGCCCAAGUCCUCAACGACCACCACCUCGACGACAGCCACGCCCACCUCGCCGUUCAUUUUCAACUUCCCGGUUUCAGUGGUGAACCCUGCCUACCUGCACCACAGCCAGAUCACGACCUCCCCCGGUUGCUGAUGGAUAGCCAAUCACAUACUUCCCCCGACAAAGUAACUGAGCACAGACUGGGCUGUCAUUGGCUGGACGAUCUGUCAAGUCUUACUGGCCGCUGCAGUAUAAAUAUGCUUCCAGUACGGGUGAGAGAAGUGUCAUGGUGCCUGAGUCAAAACUCAAAGACUGAAACACUUUUUAAAGUUCAGAAACCAGUCAGCACUCCUUCCAUUUCAACACAACAUUUAUUCAAAUUGACCAAAAAUGAACUGUAACUCAUUUCAGUAAACGAGUUUGGAUGGAGUGCUGGACUGAUGUUUACUGACGAUACACCCUCUUCCGUGAGAAACAACAACAACAACAACAACAACAACAUGCACAGAGGCACACUGACACACAAACACUGACACGGAGAGGCAUGAGCAGCAGUGAACACACACUUUCUCUCUGUCUCUCUGUGCCUACACACGUUCACGACUACCAACUGAAUAAGCUCAGUAUGAAGACAGGGCCUGUUGCUAUGGAGACAACAGGUCUUUAGGAGAGGAGAUGGACACAGGAAGGAAGGAGGAAUUUUAAGCACUUGCUCUUUCCCCUUUGGGUGUCCCUCCUGUUGCCAGACAAAAGAGAUGGAUGGAAAAAAAGAGGGGAGGAGAUGCUGAUAGAAAGCAGGAGCCUCUUCGGUGACAGGUGCUCUGCCGGCGAUCUGACCGGAGCUUCCUGUCUUUCAUACGUCCUCUUCCUGCACCCCCCUCCUCCCACACACACACACACACACACACAC